AUACUCGAAGUUAAUUGCAUACUUUGGUGGAAGGUUUAGGAAUUUAUUUUUGCCAGCCGGUUCGGCCGGCCGUCGCAGCUCGGUUCCGGCAGGUCCUCCGCCGUCAACAGGCGCCAUAUACUCCAAAGUGAUAGCGCCACUGCCCACCGCGAGAAACCCCAUUGAGGAAUGCCCAAACAGCUACCGGCUAGUUUGCUAGGUAGAUAAAUCUUUGUCAGCUUAUUGGGUUGCUCUUGCUUUUGCCCAAUGGACUAUGACGAAUCUUUGGCGACCAUAUAAUCAUCAUCAUCAUCAUCACAAACUUCUUAGCCAACGGCUUUACCGGCAAUUCAAACUCUCAUCUCCAUCUCCAAGAUUUGCCUUCACAUCAACAAUUUCCACAGUUCAAGAAUUUGGGACUCGUUCUGUUCCGAUACUCAACCAAAUUACUGAUUCCAACCCCUCUUCUUCCAUAUCCUACACAAAGAUCCUUUCCUACCUCUCCGAGGUCAAGUCUGUUGUUGGGGGUUUACAAAUCCAUGCAUGUCUAAUCAAACUUGGGCUGUCCCAAGACAAUAAGAACAGAAACGGUUUGAUAAAUCUGUAUGCGAAAUGUGGGAAUUUCGGGCAUGCCCUCAAGCUGAUCGAAGAAAGUCCGGAACCAGACAUGGUUUCUUGGUCUUCUUUGAUAUCUGGGUAUACCCAGAAUGGCCUCGCACAGGAGGCCUCUUUAGCUUUCAAAAAGAUGCAUUCUUUGGGUCUUAAAUGCAAUGAGUUCACAUUCCCCAGUGUUCUCAAGGCUUGCUCGCUGAAAAAGGAUCUUUUGCUAGGCAAACAGAUUCAUGGGGUUGUGAUGGUGACCGGGUUUAGCUCUGAUGUUUUUGUCGCCAACACGUUGGUUGCUUUGUAUGCAAAAAGUGGGGAGCUUUUUUAUUCUAGGAGACUGUUUGAGGAAAUCUCAGAAAGAAAUGUUGUAUCAUGGAAUGCUUUGUUUUCUUGUUACACACAAUGUGAUUUUUUCGGUGAAGCAGUGAGCUUGUUUCAAGAAAUGGUUCACAGUAGUAGAAUAAGGCCGGAUGAGUUCAGUUUAUCAACAAUAUUGAAUGCUUGUACAGGCUUAGCAGAUAUUUAUCUAGGGAAGGAAACCCACUGUUAUCUUUUAAAGCUUGGUUAUGGUUCAGACCCUUUCUCAUCCAACGCGCUCGUUGACAUGUAUGCAAAACUGGGGGACUUGGAUGACGCCAUUGUCGUUUUUCAAGAGAUUUCCGAACCAGACAUUGUUUCUUGGAAUGCUCUGAUAGCUGGAUGUGUUCUUCAUGAGCGUCAUGAACAAGCUUUGGAUAUGUUGGGCCGGAUGAGGAGGUCCGGGAUGUUCCCGAAUAUGUUCACUUUAUCAAGUGCUCUAAAAGCUUCUGCCGCAUUACAACUUCAGACUACAGGAAAAACACUACAUUCUCUCCUGAUAAAGAAAGAUAUAGUUUUAGAUCCAUUUGUGAGUGUUGGGCUGAUUGAUAUGUACUCUAAAUGUGGUUUGGUGAAUGAUGCAAGACUAAUCUACGAUUUGAUGCCGGAGAAGGACUUGAUCACACUGAAUGCUAUGAUCGCUGGAUAUUCACAGAACGAAGCAGACACUGAAUGUCUAUCCCUUUUUGCUAGAAUGCACAGAAACGGAAUAAUGUUUGACCAAACGACUUUACUGGUAGCCCUAAACUCAACUGCUGGAUUGCAAGCUUCUGAUUUCUGUAAACAGGUCCACACACUUUCUGUUAAAUUCGGGUUUCAGUCUGAUCUCUUUUUAAUAAACAGCCUCAUCGAUUCAUAUGGAAAAUGUAGCCAGUUGACAGAUGCAGCUAAAGUUUUUGACGAAUGCCCUUUUGUAGAUUUACCUUCGUUCACCUCUUUGAUAACAGCUUAUACUCAAUACGGAAAAGGCGAAGAAGCUCUGAAGCUUUAUUUAAGGUUACAAGAUCUGGGUAUAACCCCAGACUCAUUUGUUUGCAGUUCCCUUCUAAAUGCAUGCACGGAUCUUUCAGCGUAUGAACAGGGGAAACAAAUCCAUGUUCAUGUCUUGAAACAUGGGUUCAUAUUUGACACCUUUGCAGGCAAUUCACUAGUAAACAUGUACGCGAAAUGUGGUAGCAUAGAAGACGCUGGACGGGCCUUCUCUGAGGUUCCAAAUAAGAGCAUCGUCUCCUGGUCAGCCAUGAUUGCGGGGCUUGCUCAACACGGACAUGCCAAAAAAGCCCUCGAGUUGUUCAACGAAAUGCUCAGUGAAGGAAUUACCCCUAACCACAUAACAUUAACGAGUGUCUUGUGUGCAUGUAACCAUGCCGGUUUAAUUUCUGAAGCAAGAACCCAUUUCAAAACGAUGAAAGAGAGAUUCGGCAUCGAGCCAACACAGGAGCAUUAUGCUUGUUUGGUUGACAUACUUGGGCGAGCUGGGGAGCUAGAAGAGGCUUUUGAUAUAGUAAACAAAAUGCCAUUUGAGGCUAAUGCGUCUGUUUGGGGAGCACUUCUUGGCGCUUCAAGAACCCAUAAAAACGUGGAGAUAGGGGAAAAAGCAGCGCACAAGCUUUUUGCUCUAGAACCAGAGAAAUCCGGGACCCACGUUCUUCUUGCAAACAUAUACGCUUCGGUCGGUUUGUGGGGAAAUGUCGCGGAGGUGAGGAGAUUAAUGAGAGACAACAAAGUGAAGAAGGAACCUGGGAUGAGCUGGAUGGAGGUUAAAGACACUGUGUACUCGUUCAUAGUGGGAGACAGAAACCACCCAAGAAGUGAGGAGAUAUAUGCAAAACUUGAGGAAUUGGGAGAGUUAAUGAGGAAAGAAGGGUAUGUUCCAAUGGUGGAGGUUGAUCUACAUGAUGUGGAAAAGAAGCAAAAGGAGAUUUUGCUUUCUUACCACAGUGAGAAACUUGCAGUGGCGUUUGGGUUAAUCGCCACCCCACCCGGAUCUCCCAUUAGGGUGAAAAAGAACCUCAGGAUUUGUUUGGAUUGUCAUACUGCAUUCAAGUUCAUAUGUAAGAUUGUGUCCAGAGAGAUCAUAAUUAGAGACAUUAACAGGUUCCACCAUUUCAAAGAUGGAUCUUGUUCUUGUGGGGAUUACUGGUAGUCUUCUACCAGUAUUUGGGUUAAUCGCCACCCCACCCGGAUCUCCCAUAGUCUUCUUCAUUCCAUAUUUCCAUUAACAGAUAUGGUACAUGAUUGGGCGCAAUAGCGUCGUUUGAUCCACGUACCCUACCCGGCCUAGUUGGAUGAGGCGUUGUUGUUAUUGCUGUUGUUUAGUUGGUCUACCUAAAUAGCAGUGUUUCAUGUAGUGAUGAAUUAAAGCUCACUCAAAAUUGGGGGAAGUGUGAACUUGACUCCCUAGAAAAUGUAAUACUUCCAAUACAUUUUCCAUGAGCUCUCUUCUGGAGCAAGAGAAGCUUAAUGGAGAGAAUUUUCUAGAUUGGUACAAAAACUUGAGGACAGUCCUUGAGCAAGAAGGAACAUUGUACUCAUUAUUAAAGAAUAAUAAUGAAAGAAUUUGUGUUGCAGGGCCUAAAGAAUUACAACAUGCAACACAGGUAAUAUAUAGACCAAUAUAUU